AUGUGUUCCAAAACAACGGCAGAGAAAGAGAAAUCAUCGGAACCACCGUUUCCGAUCACGUCACUUCCCGAAGACGUGAUCGUUGACAUCAUAGCGCGUAUACGGAGGUACGACCAUCCAACACUCUCCCUUGUGUCUAAGCACUUGCGGGCAAUUGUUUCGUCGCCUGACCUAGAAGCGAGAAGAAGAUCCUUGUUGGGCUGCGCCGAACAACAUCUCUAUGUUCUCCUCAAUCUCCACGUCCAUGACUACGACACCCUCCCGAGUAAACGUUGGUACGUUCUCCGCAAUCGUCGCUUGGUCCCUAUCCCUAGGCUUCCCACUAGUGGAAGCUUCACCGCGGCGGGCUCGAAGAUAUACGGGUUUGGCGAGGAUCUUAUAUACUCGACAACUGUGGUGAGCAUCGAGUGUACAUCUAAAUCUCACACGGUGAAAACCCUCCCGACCAUGCCUUACAUGUUAGCCGGAGCUGCUAGCGUCAUCGACGGGAAAAUAUACGUGAGUGGAAACUGCGAUUAUGACGGGCAUGAGGUUUCGGUAGUGGUGUUCAAUACAGAGACACAAACGUGGGAGGCAGAGGUUAUAGAGCCAGACAUCAAGGUAGGUCCAAUAAUUGUGUCUAGUCUUGUGAUGGCUGGUAAGAUAUAUAUAAUGGGUUAUGCCAGUAGCGCUUUUUACGAUCCAAAGGAGAGGACAUGGGGAAGAGACGAGGUGCUGGAUUCUAAGAGGUGGUGGGUUAGGGCUGCGUGUGUGGUUGAUGACGUGUUGUACUAUUACGAUGAAGAUGUGAGUUGUGUAAGAAGGUAUGAUCCAAAGAAGAGAUGUUGGGGAGUGGUGAAUGGUUUGGAUGACUUGUUGACUCAGACCACAGAGGGGUCAAAGACUGUGAGUUACAGUGGGAGACUGGCAUUGUUUUUUGUUAAAAAAGCAGCAGAUUGGAGAGACGAUGGGAUUUGGUGUGCUGAGAUUUCGCUGGAGACAAGACAAGGAGGAGAGAUUUGGGGUAAAGUUGAGUGGUGUCAUCAGGUUAUGUUUUUUCACGAGCAUAACGGCGAAUUUAAAGCUCGAUCUGUUCAUGCUUUGAUGUCUCUUUCCUUCACAUAUGUAUUAUGA